AUGUCCUCCUUUUUUUCGAGACAAGAAUGGUCUUUUAACCAAGAAGGAGAGGCAAACGCUCGCCUCCCUGCCUCUCCCGCGAACAGCUGGGGGCACAGACUCCUCGCUAGACGCGAGAGAGGCGGGAGGACACGUAGGACAGGCAGCUGGAAUUCUAGCGGUUUAAAGCCGCGUUCCUCUCGAGAAAAGGGAGUCUCGAGAAGCGCGGAAGAAAACCACUGUAGCCAGAGUCCAGAAAAUGGAAGCGCCUCUCGAAACGGCGCUUUUUCCCGAUACCGAGGGAGCGAGGGGGCGCCCGCCUCCCGCGAGGGUGGACGCCGAGAGCCAAGGACGUCCGAAGAGGCCUCGGGUCGCGGCGCUGCUCUUGACGCUUGGCCGUUGGUUUUCCUUUUCCAAAAAGGGAUCUCUCAUAGAAGGACUCGCUUGUUUUUGAGGAAAAAGUUGCAUGUAAAGCAGACGCGGGUCCCCACCUCCAGUGGACGUACACCGGAAAUUGCUCCCCUUCGAAAAGUGUCUUCUGGCACAGCACAACAUAUCGAAGGAACUUCGAUUACCUUUGGCAAGAAACAAUCAGACCUCGGCGGAGAACGGUCCUGCAGUCGAGUUCGAGCGAGGAGACUGGAUGCCUUUGAGGAUUUCCGGCAACUACUGAGGAUCGUGCGUUUCGCGAAGAGGUGCGAUUCGUUCCGAACGGUACUAGGGUACUCGAUUGAACGAAGUCUUGGGCCUCGUUUCAAGGUCUGUCCUACGCUUACGAGCCAUGAAUUGUGCCCUGCUGUGUCCUGCCCGUCCAUUGACCUCAGGCGCUUUUAG